CCGGCUUCUUACACUGAGCUGAGCCGUCUUGUGAGAUGCCUGGCAUACUGUAGACACCUCCAGAAGGACACUGACUCCGUUCCACUCAGCCUCAGCCGGUCUCCCUCUCCCUGGUCUCUACCUCCACCCUGUAUGACCCUGACAAACCGUCUUCUGCCAUCACGAUGAAGAACCAAAAGAAAAAGAGAGGGUUUAUUUUUCUCUUGGUCUUCUUGGUUACUCUUCCUCCCUCUUUGGGAAGGCAAACGUCAGACUACGCUCCCUAUUUCUACGACAACGGACCGAGCAGCACCAAUGGGAAUAUGGCUCUCUUCAGUAUCUCAGAAGACACACCAGUCGGAACACAGGUAUAUAUCCUAAACGGUACCGACCCAGAGGGGGAUGCCGUGUGGUUUGGCCUGACCUUUGAGAAGGGCACCAGAGAAUACCUGAGAGUGGACUCCAAGUCAGGAAACAUAACUCUCAUUCAGGAACUAGACAGAGAGAAACAAGGUGAAAUCUCAGCUCUUGUUAGCAUAACAGAUGGGCGGAAUAAGGUUGUCGAGACGAUACGGGUGUUUGUCACCGAUGUCAACGAUGAAGAACCAGAGUUCCAGAACCUGCCUUUCGCCGUAGACGUCCCCGAGGACACUUCAGCUGGAAGCAGCAUUUACAGAGUGCAAGCGGUGGAUAAAGACAUGGGCUCUGGAGGCAGUGUCACCUACUACUUACAGGGAACUCCGACUACCAAGUUCACCAUCGACGGCCACAGUGGGGUCCUGCGGAUCAAACCAGGCGAGACGCUCGACUUUGAGACUACAACAUUACACUUUGUGACGGUGGUUGCCAAGGAUGGGGGUGGACAGUACAAAGGGAAGCAUCAGGUGUUGACAUCUACAGCCACCAUAACCAUCAACGUCCUCGACGCCCAAGACACUCCUCCAGCCUUCAUUGGAACUCCUUACUUUGGCUACGUCUACGAAGUCUCACUUCCUGGUUCUGAAAGCAUUGUGUUUGCCAAAGAUGGAGACGAAGAACCUAAUCCUAUUCUUAUUUCUAUUACCAAUGGUAGUGAGGACGUCUUCACCAUCAACAGCACAAGUGGUUGUAUCAGCCUAACAGCUUAUCCAGUCACGCUGAGGAAUGAAUUAUAUGAAAUCAAAGUCAAGCAGGGGGCGAAUGCUAAAUUUAAACUGAGAUUGGUGGGGCCUGGUCGUGUACUCAGAGUGGUGCCUCAGACGGUCCUCAAUGAAGCACAGGUCACCGUCAUCGUUGAAGACUCUGCUGCCAUCGACUAUGAAAAAGGCAAAUCCUUAACAUACAAGUUACUGGCUGUGGAGAUUGACACCCCUGAGAGGUUCAGUGCGACAGCUGAUAUUGUGAUUCACCUUUUGGACACCAAUGACAACACUCCCAGGUUCACCUCAGAGUAUUACAUCGCACGUAUCCCGGAAAACUCCCCCGGAGGCUCCAACGUAGUGUCUGUCACCGCCAAUGAUCCAGACUCUGGCCUUUGGGGUGAAGUCAAGUACUCCAUCUAUGGAUCAGGAUCUGAUUUGUUUCUCAUCCACCCGUCCUCAGGCAUCAUCUACACCCAGGCCUGGGCCACUCUUGAUGCUGAGGUCAAGUCCAAGUACAACUUCUACGUGAAGGCAGAGGACACAGAGGGCAAGUACAGCCUGGCGGAGGUGUUUGUCACUGUCCUUGACAUGAACGACCAUGUUCCAGAGUUUGAUGACAGCCUUGUGGAGAGGACCAUGAUCAUCGGUGCACCUGUUAGGGUAGAGGCAAUAGAUGCCGAUGCAGAGUCGCCCAAUAACGUCAUUGAGUAUUCCAUUAUGCAAGCUGAACCGGACAACAUCUCACAUCAACGCGGAGACGGGAGAGUCAAGCUCAAGUCGUACAAGUCCAUGGAGAUCGUGCAGAACAUCACCAAGCAGAAGGACUGCAGGUGGUCUCUGGUAGUCCGCCGGGACAGAGGGUCUCCGUCCUUCAGCACUACCGCCCUAGUCAACAUCGACAUCACUGAGCGAACAGUGAAGAAAGCUCGCGUCAACCCCCAGGCCAAUUUCAUCAGAUAUUAUCUUUGUGCUCUUUUACAGACUCAACUCAAGGGGCCUAUGGCAGCCUUUUUAUUGCAAAGUAGGCACAACCCAAUGAAGGCCCUAGGUAUGGUCGCUGGUGUCAUUAGCAUAUUGGUAGGGGUCACUGUCUUGAUCUCCACGGCUAUGUUCUUGCGCAACACAAAGUCCAACAGGAUAAUGCCGGCGCGCCGCAUCAUCAUCAGACGGAGACCGUCAAGAGACCGCAAGCCGUGGACGUUUAACGUACCGUUCCAUGGCGGCGGUGGAAAUGACCCAUUGAACAAGUUUGUUGUAGGCGACCCGGAAGCAGGGAGUGUCAGCAUCAACAGCAACAAAAACGUCAGACCCCGGUGCCCCAGAUCAAAGCCCAAUCUUCUGCCCCCCAGAGCGCCCUGUCUGCCUCCUCCAUCCUGUCCCUCUCUGUCCUCCAACCCCAGGCCCAGUGAGAGGCCCCGGGCUGCAGUGCCAACCGUCUCUGGGGUUCUGGCUUCCAAGGGAUCCAGGAGAUCCAGCCAGAGCAGAGAGAGCAACAUCAGCUCUGAGACGACUAAAAUCCCCGUCAGCUCAGCCCUGGUCUCUGAACUCAAAAGGAGACUGGAGCAGAAAAUCAUUGAGAGCAACUCAAGCUAUUAUUGAAUCUGAUAGGUGUGCUGGCGCUCUAACCAAUCUGUCAGUCAAUUGUCUGGACCGCUGAAUGUGCUCAGUCCUAGGAUUGUACAACUGCAAUUGUAAAAGAAGGUUGAGGACAGUAGGUAAAUUCCCUUCAAAACUUUAUUUGUUUUCAAAGCAAGUCCUCUGUCAAAACAAUGUUGCAACACUGUCCUAUUAUUGAACCUUAUUGAAUCUAACCAGCUCUACACGUUUUCUUCAAGAUGUUAACAUAACGUUGAAUACUUGGAUCCAUGGGCCCUGGUCCAGAAUAGUGCAGUUUAUAGGGAAUAGGGUGCCAUUUGAAACACACCCUCUGUCAUCCAGAAAUAACUGGAGAUGUUUCUGCACUGCCAUCUUGAGAUGUGUAAUGGGAUCCUUGUUAGAUACGUCUCUGCAUUGCUGAUAUCUUGAGAUGUGUAAUGGGAUCCUUGUUAGAUACGUCUCUGCAUUGCUGCCAUCUUGAGAUGUGUAAUGGGAUCCUUGUUAGAUACGUCUCUGCAUUGCUGCCAUCUUGAGAUGUGUAAUGGGAUCCUUGUUAGAUACGUCUGCAUUGCUGCCAUCCUGAGGGAAACAACAUGUUAACAAGAGUGACUAAGGGGGAAAUACUAGACCGUGUCUGAGGAAAAGAUUACUGCAUAUUUCUGUGUCAUAUUCCUGAAAAGUUUUGUUUUAUUUGCUUAAGACCCUGCAAUGUUUUCAAGAAUAGUGCUGAAAUAUGUGAUUAGGAUUGAUAUGUAGCCUAUGUUGCCAGAAUGCAAAAUGGAAUUCAAAUUACGGAAUUAAUUUGGCUAAAAGGACGCCUCAAAAAAGCCUCAAUCAGCCUUGCUACUGUAGCUAGCUAGCUCGUUUACAACGAUUUGAUGCAGUCAAGACGAGCACUACCAGAUGGCAUGAUAGGUAACAUAUGGCAGCAACAAGUUUGUGUAACUAGUGCCACACACCGGCCCCUACUCCUCUCUCCACUCACCUCUUCCAAACCUUUUAACUGAUACAGACAAAGAGGCUUGAGCGAGCAAGUCUCCAUUAAAGUUUCCAAAACAACUGUUUUCUUUAAAACACGUGUAUUUCUACUACCAUGAUAUUAUUCUAAUAGUGAAAACAUUUCAAAUGCCCCAUCCCUAAAAAUGUACCCACUUUUACUUGUGCAUCAGAUCGAAGCAGCUAUAUGAGACAGCUAGAAAAUAAGAGAUAUUCUUGACAGAAAAUAAAUGCCAUUGCUUAAAACAUGAAGUGCUCAUGGACCUGUGUAGUGACAUUCUAAUGGUGUUUUGUCAUAUUUAGAUAAAUAGAUGUUCGAGGAUUAUGACGUGCCACUGUCUGCUUUCAAGACAACAAAAGCUCUUGCUUGUUUGGAUUCAGUAACUUCCCCCCCCCCGCCCCCUCUGUUUUGCUUAAAUGCUUUUAUAUUUCUAAAGGGUCUUCUUAAUUUGGGGAAUUGGUGUUGGAUUACUCACUUAAAUGAAGGAAUCGCUUUGUUGUUUCAGUAAAUAUCAAACUGUAUGAACGGAGAUGUUGUAAAAUUGGCCAUAAACUUGGUUGGAAUUUUGAAGCAUUAAUUUCCACGCUGUGUGAACUACAUGAAAAUUAAUGGGAUACAUAACGAUACAGUAUAUACUAUAUGUGUGUAUGUAUGUAUGUAUAUAUUCUAUAAUAAUAAUGUAUGUUGUGUAACACUUGCCUGUUUCUUGAAGUGAAAUCUUGAAUGUCUUUUAUUUUAUCG